ACUUUCACUUCGCUCAUCUGGAGAGCUCAAUGCAUGUUUGGAUCUUGCGAUUAGACUCUGCUUUAUUUUUCUGCAAUGACAUUAACCUGCAUCACGUGGUUAUUUACCAUCAUCCUGACGGUUCAUGGACAAGAGAAUUUCAAGACAACACCAUCGACAAUCAGCAGUUUCUCCUGUCGAGGAAGGGACACUGGAUUUUACGCAGACGUCGAUUCAAAUUGUGAAGUGUAUCAUACUUGUGACAAUCAUGGAAAUAAAUUCACGUACUACUGCCCGAAGAAGACAAAAUUCUGUCAAGAAACUCUUGUCUGUGAUCACGCGCACUUGGUGAACUGUAAGAACGCGGAGAAAUUGAUUUCCAAAGUUCCUGUCACCGGGAGUGAUGAGAACAUCCUCCGGAGGUCGAGCAGUCUGUCGAGGACUUUCAGGAUUUCCCAGGAGCCAUCGGUGUUCCUGGAGGCACCCAGGGAGGACUCGGAGAAGGCCACGACAUUCACCAUGAGUUCAACGGUUUUCCUCAGGAAUUCUAGUGUCAAGAGAAAUAAUGAGAGGACGAGUGAGGGAUUCAGUCAUAAAUCCAGGGCCAAUGAAGUCCUUGGGGAUGACAAGUCCAGGAAUCUUGGGUUGAGGGUCCAGGACGCGGGGAAGAGCACGACGAAACCCUUUCUGGUAGCACCUAAUUAUUCCCCGGGAGGUCAAACCUCUGGUGGAGGCACCACUGCAAGAACUACCACUGCAGGGACUGAAUUUCCUGUUCCUGCUUUUGAUUUUGGAGCACCUCGCCCUGGCGAUGAUGAAGAUCCUUAUUAUCCGAAAAAUCCAGUCAGCGGUGAAGUUCAUUACACGGUGGAAAAGGGGAAAGUACAUAAGCCUCUCGGAUUUUUUUCAACCGAGAAACCUUUUGGGGGAGGUGUGCAGAUCAAAAUACCCGAUGUCUUACCCGAUUUUAAUAGUGUUGAUGAUCUUGUGGACAGGAGGAAGAUCUUGUAUAUUCCGAGGACUAAAGGACUGUAAUUUACCGCGUUUUUUUAUUUGUAAUUGUGACCCAGAAUAAUUUUUAUGAACAAAUAAGUUUUCAGUUUUCGUAAACUUUAGAUUUUUACACAAAAAAUUGUGGAUAAAAUUGUUAUUAUUUCAUA